GAUUACGAGUUUUUUGAUUGUUUGUUUUUACUAGAGUUUUAAAGAGUUGAAAGUGCUUUAAGAGUUCAGUUUGCUUUUGCUGGAGUUUGAAAUUACACACGCUUAAAUGAAAGAAAUAUUGUUUUAAAAAAAUUUACUGGACUAAGUAGUUAGUGUUCGGAAAACUUUUAAACACUCUAGACUUUAGAAGGGAAAUAUAAAACAAAAUGACAGAUCGCAAGCGAAUAACGGAAUCCAACAGUACUGUGGAAAUGGAUAGCUAUAGUCAAGGCUGUAGCAGCAGUGACUUUAAGCUGAAGAAGAAACCUGUAUAUAAAUCCAAAAUCUUUAUAAUAGCCGUAUCAUUCUCGGCCAUUCUGCUGGUGGUCAUGACAGUGGGUUUUGUUAUACAUCAUACCAUUAAUGCUAAUCAUCCGAUUAAUGGUUUAAUGGAAGAGGCUAGUGCCUUGGUAAUGAGUCUGCCAGAGGCCCAACAGGAAUGGUUUGAACGCGGCACCUUGGAGUUGCAAAAGGCUUUGAAUCGUAAACGUAAUAAGAGAAGAGCUAAAAAUGUUAUAUUGUUUGUGGGCGAUGGUAUGGGUCCGAAUACGGUAACAGCUGCUAGGAUAAUGGGCUUCUCCGAGGAGGGUUUAAUGUCCUGGGAAGAAUUUCCCGAUAUGGGUUUGUUAAAGACCUAUUGCGCUAAUAAGCAAGUUCCCGACUCCUUUUCCACCGCCACUGCUUUAUUCUCGGGUGUUAAGGUUAAUUACGAGACAGGUGGUGUGGAUGCCAGCGUUAAUUUGGGCAAUUGUUCGGCUUCUUUGAAUGUGGAUCAUCAGGUUAAUUCUAUAUUAAAAUGGGCUCAAGAUGAUGGCAUGUUAACGGGUUUUGUUACCAAUACUAGAGUUACCCAUGCCACUCCGGCCGCUUUAUAUGCUCAUACCCCCGAUCGUCGCUGGGAAUGUGAACAAAAAAUGCCGGCCGAAGCCCAUAAUGAGGGUUGUAAAGAUAUUGCACGUCAGUUGAUAGAAGAUUUGACGGGUCAAAGCAUUAAUGUCAUAAUGGGUGGUGGUCGUCAAAUGUUGGUUUCCAAUGUCUCGGAUACACCUCUAGAUCCCAUCGAUACUUGGGCCUGUAAGUCUAACGAUGGUCGUGAUUUAAUACAAGAAUGGUCUAACAUUAAAGCUCAACGUGAUCAGCCUCAUGUAGUGGCCCAAAAUACGGGCGAACUGGAAGCCAUUAAUCCCUCGGAAGUGGACUAUAUAUUGGGUAUUUUUGCCAAUGGUCAUUUGAAAUUUGACUUUGAACGUGAUACCACCCCCGCCGGCAUGCCUUCUCUUAAACAAAUGGUUUUGAAAGCCUUGGAAUUUUUCAAAACUAAAGAUGAACGUUUUCUAUUGGUGGUAGAGGGUGGCAUGAUUGAUCAGGCCCAUCAUAGGGGUACCGCCCGUAAAGCCUUAAAUGAGGUUUUAGCUUUCAAUGAGGCCAUCAAUGCUAGUGUUCAAUAUUUGGGUGAUAAAUUGGAAGAUACUUUGGUUAUAGUCACUGCUGAUCAUGCUCACACCUUAACCAUUAAUGGUCAUGCUCCCAAAGGUGCCGAUAUUUUGGGUGUUGCUGGCAAAUCCAAGACUGAAGGAACUCCCUAUACUACUUUGACCUAUGGCACUACCUAUAAGGGUUUCCAGCCAGAUGCUAAUGGUUUAAGAAAAGAUCCCACUCUGCAGGAUACCACCGAUUGGGAGUAUACGCAACAGGGCGCGGUAAAUACCGAUGAAAAUUAUCAUGGUGGCAGUGAUGUAACCAUACAUUCAGCGGGCGCCAUGUCUUAUCUCUUCCACGGCGUUCAUGAACAAUCUUACGUAGCCCAUGCCAUCUCGUAUGCUUUGCGCAUAGGCCGCUUCCGUGAUAGUUCCAUUGCUGAAUCUUUAGCUGAUAUGUUUCCUUUGUAAUAACUUCAAGACCCCCUUUAGAAAAUAGAAAAAAAUCAUUCAAGAAACUCUUUACGAAUUAUCUCAAUCUAUGUGAUAUUAAAGUGCAAUAGCUUUUUAUAAAAA